CCUACAUACAUUCAGCGGCAAUGCCUAAUCGUUUGGGUGCUCAUAACCUUUUUCGUGACUUUUGAAGAAAUUGCGAUCAAAUUAUGGAUUUCUGGUCGACUUUUUACGUAUCUUUGGCAGCGAUUCUUUUCUUAGCUUCUUUACUAAUACUUCGCACCGUAUAUGUGUUGAAGAAAAAACGAAAUCAUGUUCCUUUGGAUAGGAGAAAGUCAGUUAAAGUCAUGGUGGUUGCCGGCUCAGGUGGUCAUACUUCAGAGAUGCUAAGACUUAUGGGGUCACUGUCCUCUUGUUAUGAACCAAGGAUCUAUAUUGUUGCUGAGACGGACAAAAUGAGUGUAGUCAAGAUUGAUAGUUUUGAAAAAUCCAAGAACAAGGAAGAUGAGAAUAAAUCAGAGUUUAGAAUUGUUCAAAUUCCACGCAGUAGAGAGGUCAGUCAAUCGUGGCUAUCUACAAUCUUUACAACUUUAAAUGCCUUGACAUUUUCAUUUCCUGUUGUGUUACAAGAGAAACCAGAUUUGAUUCUGUGUAAUGGUCCAGGGACAUGCAUUCCGAUUUGUGUGGCAGCUUUUGCCUUAAAAGUUUUUGGUAUAAGGGAUAUCACCAUGGUGUUUGUUGAAAGUAUCUGCAGAGUAAAGACACUAUCAUUAUCAGGGAAAAUAUUGUACUGCUUUGCAGAUUAUUUUAUUGUUCAAUGGAAACAGCUUCAAACAAUUUUUCCUAAGUCAAUUUACCUUGGAAGGCUGGUAUAAGAGUUGCGGAGGCUUCAACUGACUGAGGUGACUUGUGAUGACAUUGUCAUACUCACAGCCAAAUUGGACAAAUUCAAUUGUUUUCUUUUAGUUGAACAUUUCUGACGAGUGGGAACUGUAGAAAAUUCAUUGGUGAAUUGUAAUAAUUAUUUAAAAAAGGUCAUAUGAAUAUGAGAAAUAUAAAAAUAUGCAGUCAAAUAAAAUUACACUUGAUGCACUUCA